AGUGUGUGCUCUGUUUAUAUUUGAGGAUAUUUUUUUUAUCAAUCAUGAUUUCGGACUCCGAGCUCCAUGAGCCCAAACAGGGCGGCGACAUCACAUUCAUGGACAUGAUCGACGAGGCCGAGGCUCGCGGCGAGUCCCAAAUACAGAAGUUCUUAUCUGGAUCCACGAUAUUUCUCACUGGAGGAACUGGGUUCUUGGGGAAACUGCUGGUGGAGAAGUUACUAAGAACAUGUCCAGACAUAAAGAAGAUCUAUCUUCUGGCGCGACCAAAGAAGAACAAAGAAGUACAGAAAAGACUACAGGAACAAUUUGAUGACCCGCUAUACGAACGCCUACGCAAGCAGGUCCCCGAAUUCAUGUCAAAGAUCGGUGUGGUCGAAGGGGACGUGGGGAAAGUGGGGCUCGGGAUCAGCGAGAGUGACCGACAAACCGUUGUUGAUGAGGUUGACGUGAUAUUCCACGGCGCAGCCACACUCCGCUUCAACGAACCUCUUCGGGAUGCAGUAUUCAUAAACGUCAGAGGAACGAAAGAAAUGAUGCUUUUAGCCCGAGCCUGUACCAAGCUGAAGGCGAUGGUCCACAUUUCCACGGCAUACAGCAACUGCAACCUGAGCGAGAUAGACGAGGUAUUCUACGAGAGCCCCAUCCCCGGAGACAAGCUCAUCGAUCUAGCAGAGAGCCUGGAUGAGAAGACGAUUAACAGCAUCACGCCUGGACUGAUCGGAGACUUCCCCAACACGUAUGCGUACACCAAGGGCGUGGCCGAGGAUGUGCUACAGAAGUACUCUCAGGGUCUACCAGUGGCUGUAGUCAGACCUUCGAUUGUGAUCGGAACAGCGAAGGAUCCAGUAGCCGGGUGGAUUGACAACGUAUACGGACCUACAGGGGUGAUAGUAGGCGCCGAGCUCGGCCUCCUGCACGUGCUGCACGCGGCGCCGCAAGCGUCCGCGUCGCUGGUGCCGGGCGACGCGGUCGCCGCCGCCUGCGUGGCCGCGGCCUGGAGCGUGUCGCGCGCCGAGAACCACCAGGCGCCGCCCCGGGACGCCCCGCCACUCUACCACUGUGUGUGUUCCGAGACGGCUCCUAUUACAUGGACUAAAUUCAUGUCCCUAGCCGAGACCCACGGGCUGAGCGUGCCCCCCGCACAGGCCGUGUGGUACUACAUGCUGACGCUGACUAACUCCAAGGCCAUGUACACCUUCCUCGCGCUGCUGCUGCACUGGAUCCCUGCUUACAUCAUCGACGGAGUGUGUAUGGUCCUCGGGAAGAAACCACAAUUAAGAAAAGCCUACACAAAAAUCGAGCAAUUCGCGGCCGUGAUAGAAUUCUUCGCGCUCCGCGAAUGGCGUUUCCACAAUAGCAACAUGACGCGCCUCUACAACGAGUUGUGUGACGCCGACAAGCAUAUCUAUGACUUCGACACCAGCGCCAUCGACUGGAACGAGUUCUUUGCGAACUACAUGAAGGGAAUUAGGGUUUAUCUCUUAAAAGAUCCAGUUACUACUAUACCGGAGAGUAUUAAGAGGUAUAAAAGGCUUAUGUGGCUGCAUUAUGCGCUGUUAACUGUAAUUGGUUUGUUAGUGUUGAGGUUUUUAUGGUUUAUUGUGUCGUUAUUCUUUUGAGUAUGUGGAUCAUUGACGUCUCUGAGGACGGGCCUUGCGGGCACUAAGAAUUGCUAGUUCAGCGUUGUGCUUCACGAAUUCGAGCGAGCGUAGCGCGCGCUAAUUUCGACCAAUCGCGCGCGAUGCGAACUCAUCAACCAAUAGCUUUGUAGCCACCAAUGUACUGGACCCAUUCUUAUUGUCCAUGAUUGCCCGUAAGGCCCGUCCUUAGAUAUAAUACGUCAAUGAUGUGGAUAGUUUAGAGAGGUUAAUUAGAUGGGUGUAUUGAAAGGGUGCAUAAAAAUGUGUUUGGGCCAUUUUCAUCAAAAGGAUACUUAUUGUCGGCGUCGGCGCUAUUUCCAUACAGCUUAAAUUUGACUGGACAAACGGCAAUCACCUUUUGGUUUAAAACGGCACAUUUGGUUACUAGACCAGCGGUGGAACAAAAAUGGGUUUUGAUAAUAUUAAAGUUUUUUCUUUUUCGAUAUGUCAUUGUUAGCAUGUUAAAUAAGACUUUCGUAAAAAGUUAGAAAUUUUUAGGGUGAGCGUUCGGAUAUAUUGAAAUAUUUUAAUUUCUGCUAAUAACUUUGUAAAUAUAGAAUUAAAGUUACAAAAAACUUUAACAUAUUCAAUACCACUUUAAUUUAUACACAAUAUUCGGUUUUUAGAAAUCUGGAACAUGUGCUUUCUGGUGAACUUAAAAACAUGAAUUAUUUUGUAAAUAAAUAAUUAGAGUAGCUGAUAUUGCAAAAUUACGAUAUUAUGGAUCAGCUUAUUAUCCUUGUAAAAAAUUAGAAAUGUAGACAAUGUGCUUCUCUAGAUAUUGAUAUCUGGUUAAGCAGUAUAGCCAAUAUUGAAUUAAAGUUUGUAGAGUUAAUAUUAAACGGUCAUGACAAUGAUCUUAGUUCCCACACAAAAGAUUAGAAAUAUAAAAUUUGUGCGUCACUAAAUACUGAUACGUAUGCAUUCCGUGCUUAUAUUUACGUUACAUUUCAAACGCGCGGCAUGGUUGCGCGCGCCGCGCUGUGCGCCGCCGAGGCAGCGAUCAAACGGUACUGAUAUAUAGGUAGAUCAACGGUAUAUAGAUCAACGGGCUAGCGGGUAACCUAACCUUGCUAGACGCGUGCAAAAUAAUAUUUAACAAAAUUCAAAAAAAUGUUCUAAAAGCAAUCUGUAUUUUUAACAGGUUAAAAUUAAGUAUCUAAAUAGUCAUAAAAAUAAUAAACCAGAACAUUUGGUCGAGUCGUGUCUUUAACCUUGCCAGGCGAUCUAAAAAGUAUGGCACUUACUUGCACGCAAAAUUAAGUUUGUUUACUAUACAAAUUGUAUGCAUUACAAAGUUAUCUUUGCACACAAAAUUAAGUUUCUCUACUAUACAAAGCGUAUGCAUCGCAGUUAUUUUUGCACGCAAAAUUAUGUUUGUCUACUAAACAAAGUGUAUGCAUUACAAAGUUAUUUUUGUAGUAAAUUAAAGACCACUAGGUAGGAUGUACAGUCAGCAAUACUAUUCGCUUAGCACCUUUGCAUACAAACCUAUACAGGGGUGGUAUCUUUUCUCUGCAGCUAACUGUACAAUGUGAUUGUAACUAUGAGGAUGGUGUAUAUUUAUGAUGUAUGAGGACAUUUCUAUUAAAAGUUAUGUUAGAUUUUGAAAUUUUUAUAUUGAGUAUAUCUACUUAUAUAAAAAUUUGAAUUUUGGUUAUGGAUUUUAUAUUAUAUAACAUACAAAAAAAAACAACAAUAAACAAAAAAAUAUAUAUAGGGCUGUAUCUCCUAAACCGUCCGUCGCAGCGCAAAAUAAUAACAUUUUCGUCCGCCUGCAGUGGACCCUUAAUAAACAUUUUAAAAAAAAACAAAGAAAAAAAAACAGAAAAAAUAUUUACAGGGCUGUAUCUCCUAAACCGUUCGUUAUAGCGCAAAAAUAAUCAAAUUUUCGUUCCCCUAUCAGAAGCCCCUAAGUAACAUACAAAAAACACAAUGAAAACAUAAAAGAAAAAAACAAAGAAAACAAUCUUUUUAUAGGGCUGUAUCUCCUAAACCGUGCGUCGGAGCGCAAAAAAAGUAAAAUGUUCGUUCCCCUCUAAAAAAGAUAGAUAUAACUCCGUAAUAGAUGGAUACAGUCUAAGGAAAAAACGUGCCUCGAAAAUCACGAAAAUUUGAUUCUCGAUCAGAGGGCGCCACUAGUUUUGGCUUACUCUCGUAUAGAUGGCGUUGACGGUUUCGUUUGUUAUUUAUAAUUUUAACGCAUAUCAGUGAAAGAACAUGGGUCAAAAUCAUAUAAAAAUAAUUAAUGCAAAUAAAAAAAUCAUUUAUCCAUAUUUAAAUACAUUUUAACGUAUUUUUAUAAAUCUUCAUUUUUAGUUUUAAAGUAUGUCGAUAGAUGGCAGUGAAUUUAAAGCGGUUACAAAAUUUACUAUGACAGUACCACUCUAUCUUAUUAUAUCCUCUUUGCCUCUAAGAAACCCUUUUUUAAUAUGAGAAAAAACAAAAAAAAAACGAAAAAAAUAUUUACACGGCUGUAACUCCUAAACCGUGCGUCGUAGCGCAAAAAUAAUCAAAAUUUCAUUCCACUUUAAGAAACCCUUAAUUUAUAUUUAAAAAAAAAAAAUCUUUAUAAGGCUGUAUCUCCUAAACCGUGCAUCGUAGCGCAAAAUAAUAAAAUUUUCGUUCCAUUGCAGUGGACCCUUAGUUAACAUUAAAAAAAAAACAAAAAAAAAACAGAAAAAUAUCUUUACAGGGCUGUCUCUCCUAAACCGUGCGUUGAAGCGCAAAAAUAAUCUAAUUUUCAUUCUCGUUUGAGAAACCCGUAAGUAACAUUCAAAAAAUACAAUGAAAAACAAAAAAGAAAACAAAAAAUUAAAACAUCUUUAUAGGGUUGUAUCUUUUAAAUAUUAAUAAGGGUUUCUUAAAGUGGAACGAAAAUUUAAUUAUUUUUGCUCUUCGCUCCGACGCACGGUUUAGGAGAUACAACCCUAUAAACAUUUUUUUCUUUGUUUGUUUUCUUUUUAGUUUUUCAUUGUGUGUUUUGUAUGUUACUUAGGGGCUUUUCAAAGGGGAACGAAAAUUAGAUUAUUUUUGCGCUACAACGCACGGUUUAGGAGAUACAACCCUAUAAAGAUUUUUUAUUUUUUUGUUUUCUUCUUUGUUGUUCGAUUAUGUUUUUUGAAUGUUACUUACGGGUUUCUCAAAGGGGAACGAAAAUUAGAUUAGUUUUGCGCUACAACGCACGGUUUACGAGAUACAGCCCUGUCAUAGGACAUUUCGAUGCUAGUGCGGAAAGUGUGUCAUUAUUAGACAUUUCCGCACGUGUAUCGAACGACGUUUUUCAAUACAGUUGCGAAAAAAUAAGAAAAACAACAAGUAAGGAAUUCGAAACUUUUAUAUUAUUAAUUCUGUGACAUCAUUGACAUUGACAUUAUGAAGAGGUGUUUUUUUAGCUGGGUGUUAUUAUUAUUGAACCCACUUUAAUGAGUUUUUUUUUAAAUGCAUGUUCUAUAAGACAAUUGUACAUAUAAAACAUUGUACUAUUAUUACCCAAAUAUCGUUAAUUACGAUUAUUUGUGUAUCGUACAUUUAUAAAAACAAUAUCGAAUGUUGCCUUUGGAAAUUUAAAGCAGAAAUAAAAAACGCCUCUCCUUUGACAGGCGUUCCGUUCUAUUCAGACAACUUAUUAAGAACGGUUUUUCAAUAUUCAAUAUAUAAAAAAAUAGACGUGUUAUAAUGAUGAAGAGGUAAGUAAUAAAAUAUGAAAUAUGUAUAUUUUUCGUAUUCUUACUUUAACAGUAGGUUUUUAUGUUGAUUACUGAGUAUUGAGUAUUGAAAUAAUCGUUAAUAACGAUAUUUAGGUAAUAAUAGUACAAUGUUUUAUAUUUGUAAAACAAUACAAUGUGUAUAAUGUUGUAUGUAGUGGGUUCAAUAAUAAUAACAAAAUCCAUUCUAGUCGAAUAAAAGCUAUAAAAACACCUCUUCAUAAUGUCAAUGUCAAUAAUUAGAGUUUUGAAUGAUUCGCGGUGGUUUUGAAAUAUCGGGAGCUCACAAAUAAUACAAAAGGUAAUCACGGUCUAUAUCCCGGUCAAUAUAAGUCUAAUGUCAAUAAUGUCACAGAAUUAAUAAUAUAAAAGUUUCGAAUUCCUUACUUGUUGUUUUUCGCAAAGGUAUUAAAAAACGUCGUUCGAUACACGUGCGGAAAUGUCAUUCUUCGAAAGUAUGUAAAGUAUGACAUACUUUCCGCACUAGCAUCGAAAUGUACUUUCUGUUUUUUUUUUUUUCUUUUUUUUUAAUGUUAACUAAGGGUCCACUGCAAUGGAACGAAAAUUUUAUUAUUUUGCGCUACGAUGCACGGUUUAGGAGAUACAGCCUUAUAAAGAUUUUCUGUGUUUUUUUUAAAUAUAUUACUUAAGGGAUUCUUAGUGGAAUGAAAAUUUGAUUAUUUUUGCGCUCCGUCGCACGGUUUAGGAGAUACAACCCUAUAAAGAUUUUUUCUUUGUUUUUCUUUUUAGUUUUUCAUUGUGUUUUCUGUAUGUUACUUAGGGGUUUCUCAAAGGGGAACGAAAAUUAGAUUAUUUUUGCGCUACAACGCACGGUUUAGGAGAUACAGCCCUCUAAAAAAAAAUUUUCUGUUUUUUUUUCUUUUCUUUUUAAAUGUUAAUUAAGUUGAAAGAAAAUUUUAUUAUUUUACUCUACGACCCACGGUUCAGAGAUACAGCCUUAUAAAGACUUUUUUGGUAUUUUUUUUUUUAUAUUACGACGCUCGGCUUAGGAGAUACAGCCGUGUAGAGUUUUUUUUCUUAUUGUGUUUCAUUGUGUUUUUUGUAUAUUAAAAGUGUUUUUAAAGGGGAACGAAAAUUUUAUUAUUUUUGCGCUACGACGCGCGACGGACGGGUUAGGAGAUACAGCCCUAUAUUUCUUUUUUUGUAUAUUUAUAUAAUAUAAAAUUCAAUAACCAAACUUCAACUUUAUAUAUAAGUAGAUAUAUUUAAUAUAAAAAUUUCAAAAUCGAACAUAAUUUAAUAAUAGCGUCGUAGCGUAAAAUAAUAAAAUUUUCGUUCAACUUAAUUAACAUUUAAAAAGAAAAGAAAAAAAAACAAAAAUUUUUUUAGAGGGCUGUAUCUCCUAAACCGUGCGACGGAGCGCAAAAAUAAUCAAAUUUUCGUUCCACUAAGAAACCCUUAAUUAAUAUAUUUAAAAAAAAAAACACAAAAAACCUUUUUAAUUCUGUAUCUCCUAAACCGUGUGCCGUAGCGCAAAAUAAUAAACAUUUUCGUUCGCCUGCAGUGGACCCUUAAUAAACAUUAAAAAAAAAAACAAAUAGAAAAAAAAACAGAAAAAAAUAUUUACAGGGCUUAAAUAAUCAAAUUUUCGUUCCCUUAACAGAAGCCCUUAAGUAACAUACAAAAAACACAAUAAAUAACAUACAUCAUAAAUAUACACCAUCGUCAUAGUUACAAUCACAUUGUACAGUCAGCUGCAGAGAAAAGAUACCACCCCUGUAAAGAAGUUUGUAUGCAACGGUGCUAAGCGAAUAGUGAUAGAAAUGAUGAUAAUUUAGUAUAAUUUCAUAAUGACAUAAUAAUAUAAUAUAAGUAUGUACCUAUUUAAUGAUAUAAUUCGUAAUGAAACAUUUGAUAGAAUUGUAUAAUAACAGAAAGAUGAAUAUGUAGAAUUAUAUUAGUGUAUAAUCACAUGAAAUAAUUACUAACAACACUAUUAGCACGUAAGGUUUAUCUGUAAGUGCUGAUAUGUAUAAUAAUAAACAAAUAGUAUUGCUGACUGUACAUCCUACCCAGUAGUCUUUAAUUUACUGUACUACAAAAAUAACUUUGUAAUGCAUACAAUUACUAUAGUAGACAAACUUAAUUUUACGUACGAGUAAGUGCCAUACGUUACUUUUUAGCUCUUCUGGCAAGGUCAAAGACCCGACCAAAUGUUCAGGCUUAUUUUUUUGUGACUAUUUAGAUACUUCAACCUGUAAAAAUUACAGAUUGCCUCACGAACUUUUUUGGAGCCCUAAAAAAUCUUAAAAAAUAUAAGGGUUGAUUUAGCCCCGCUACCCUGCAGCCAGACCUCCAGUGCUGAGUUAGGGUAUGAUAGGAGAAGUAUCAGGCAAAUUUUCAGCUUGCCUCAAGGACCUACUCCAAAAUGUCUACCAGCUCUCGGACCACUAAGUAACUACAAAUAAUCAGUCCACAUAACAAACAUUUUGUACUCAUUUUGAAGUCAUAAUUACAUUAAUUUCUCGUAAUAUCGGCAUCUAAUUUAUGUGCACGGUAAACAAACUAAUGAAUGACAAGAAAAGUACGAAGUACUUACGAAGCUGAGCGGGGGGUGGGGCGACCGGGCGAGGUACCUAUAGGUAUAGAUAGAUACGAAUGCUACGAUAGGCUCCCGCGUGCCGCGCCGGCACCUUGGCGGACCAGCGCGGCGUAUGUAUGAAUUUCGCGCCUUUUUAAAUAGAUUUGGCUAUAACAAUGGAAGCUACACACAGAAAUUUCUUACUUUUCAUAAUAUGGUUGCAUAUAUUAUUUUAUAGUAUGAAACUUAUCUUUAUAGACUUUAAUUCAAUAUUGGACCUUACAGGACAAAAAACGCAUAUUAAAAUUUAAGCAGCAAUCCUAUUUUUCUAAUUUUUCGGCUUUGUCUAUUAACUUAAGAAUUUAGAGAUAUUAUUGUGGAUUUUUUAAACUUUAAUUCAAUAUCGACAAAAUAAUAAGCUAAUUUUAGUUUGACAAAGAAGCACGUUAAAUUUUUUUCUAAAAAUGUAACAGUUUAAAGAGUCAUACAUAAUUUAAACGAUGAAGCUUAAACUUUGCACUUUAAUUCAAUAUUCAAAAAGCAUCAAUCAAAAUAUAUAAAUACCUAAUUUAUACCUAACGCUCGUUCUAACUUUUCCUCUUAAAUUACAAAUAUGCUUAAAACAUGUCCCCUGCCAUAUAAGCAUCACUUUUCCUUCUUUAGAAUUAUCAUAACUUUAAGGUCAAAAAUAUGGUCCCACUAUCGGUCUAUACAUUAUUGUGUCGUCACUUUGAUAAGGUCUCGUCUGUCAUACUGCUAUCAAUUAUUGUUUCGGUAUUGGUAUUAUUGAUACACAAAUAUACAAAUUAUAUACGAAAAUUUAAACAAAUACUUUAGGUUUAGCAAAUAAACUAGUUUUAUUUUCAAAGACUAAAAGAGUAGAAUCUGAUUGUAUAACAGAAUUUUGGACGUAUAAUAGAAAUAAUGGAUAAUUUUAUUUAAGUACUUUUUGGUUACUUUGCGUGAUAAAAAGCACUUUAUCUACACAUAUCAAUUACCCUCUAUGACGAUCUCUGAAAAAUAAAGGAAUUUAAUUUGACCUAAUUUCAUUGUAUCGGUCGAGAUAACGUUUUAUUUGAAGUGAAAGGCACUGUUUGUGGUUCCUGAACACAUAUAGAACUUGAGAGAGAUGUGUGUAGACAAAGCAGUGUAAUUUAACUGUACAUAACUAGGCAUUAAAACACGUGAUGUUUUUUGAAACUCGCACGCUCGUUUCAUAAACCCUUUACUCGUAUUUUAAUGCCUUCCAUUAUACGUAGCAAUGACAGACUAUACUAUAAAAUGACAGUUUGCAGGGAUUAAACGUACAAUGAUAGUUAUAAAAAAUGGUAUUUGCUCACAUUGUAUCUAAGGUGAUUUGUGUAAAUUAUGUGAUAACUUAAUUAAAUUUAAGUGUUGUUGUAUUUAUGAAGAUGUAAUAAAUUGUAAAAAAUAUAAUAAAUAAUUGAUAUUAGUUUUUAGUUUAAUUGAUAUUAAUGUGAGUUUAUUAGGAGAGUUACAAAUAAAUAAAUGUUCAAAUCAG